AGACAACGUCCAUAAUGUUUAUUUAGUUAGGGUCGCCGUCAUCGAAAACGAUGAGGAGGAGUAAAGAGGUAAAAUGCCUGACUAUGUGGCCAUAAAAUAUAUAGUCGAAGGCAUAAAAGAUCAAGAAGUGAACAAGAUAAUGCUUUACGGAGUUACUACAUAUAGGACCCAUGACGGACACUAAAAAACUAUAUAACCACAUACUCACCAUAGUAGAUGCCUUCACCAAGUUUGUGUGGUUAUUUCCAGUAAAAAGCACAACAAGCCGAGAGACUAUUGAUAAGUUGAGAAUACAUCAACAAUGUUUUGGAAAUCCAGCAAGGAUUAUAACGGACAGAGGUACCGCAUUCACGAGCAACGAGUUUCAGGAAUACUGCACCGAGGAAGGAAUAGAACAUAUUCAGAUAACCACUGGCGUGCCAAGAGCGAACGGUCAGGUUGAGAUAAUUCACAAGAUCUGACUUCUAUUCUGACCAAACUAUGCAUAGAGAACCCUACACAGUGGUACCGGCAUGUCAGCCAGGUGCAAAGAUGUAUAAACAGUACCUACCAGCGCAGUAUAAACACAUCACCGUUUGAGCUCCUUAUAGGUGCCAAAAUGAAGCAUAAAGAGGAUAUGGAAAUCUAUGAGCUGCUUGAACAGGAAACUAGAGACAGCUUCAUGCUGACAAGAGAAGAAGAUAGAAGGAAAGCUAAAGAACAAAUACUAAAGGUACAAGAGGAAAAUAGGCGUACUUUCAACAGGAAACGGAAGGAAAGUACAAAAUACAAGGAAGGCGACCUAGUCGCAAUAAAACGUACCCAGUUUGGUACAGGGAUGAAGCUGAAGCCUAAAUACCUAGGUCCAUACCGGGUCAUGAAGGUCACAGGACGAGACCGGUAUCAAGUACAGAAGGUCGAUGACUCCACUGAAGGUUCAAGAAAUACCAGCACCUCCUGCGACCAUAUGAAGAGAUGGCCGUGCUUAGAUAUGGAGUGAAAGGCAAGUAAUAACUCACUUCUUAUUUAUUUUAGUUGUUGUUUACAUGGGAACCACACUUACCCUCCCCUUAUGUCAGGUUGUGUACCCAUACAUUGUUUCAUGUUUAAGAUGUUUCAAGUUAUGAUUGUUAUCUAAUAUAUUGCUGAUCUGUGUACGAUUGUUAACCAUGCUCGCCUACAUGCAUACAUGUUCUACCUGUACAAGUACAUAUCAGUCAUCAGCUGUUUAUACGAUGUUUAGUUAUAAGAAAAGCUACACUGUGAUGUUUGUUGUUAUAUAGUUGUUAUGUUACUUAUGUCAGCCUGAGAGACCAGUCUGAAUUUCAGGAAAGGCCGACUGUAGGAUUGAGUGAAACGGAAUGGAUGAAUGACGUAUUGUGAGUGAAUGAGAUAGCAUGAAGACCAUGUCUAUGAGUAUGAAAGAGAUAGCAUGAUAACUUAAGACUUUUGUAAUCCAAGGGGCGGGCCGGCGGCCAUUGGAGAAUCUGUUCGGAGCGAUUAAGUAAAAGACGUGCUGUUACAUUAUUUCUUCUAAAAUAUAGUUAAUUCACAUCAA